AUGGCGCCCAAGCGCAGACCCUCGAGUGUAAAAGAGGCGCCUGCCGCCUCCGACGCCGCGUCGUCGGACGCCGAGCCGCCCGCGGAGCAACCCGAACAGGAAGACGCCGCGCCGCCGCCGCCGCCGCCGCCGCAGGCCAUCGUGCCCCUGGACCGCGCGACCAUCGACCGCAUCGCCGCCGGCGAGGUCGUCGCGCGGCCGGGCAACGCGCUCAAGGAGAUGUUCGAGAACGCCAUCGACGCCGGCGCGCGCACCAUCGCCGUGAGCGUCGCCGAGGGCGGCGUGAAGCUGCUCCGCGUGAGCGACGACGGCUCCGGCGUCCGCAAGGCGGACCUCAAGCUGCUCUGCGUGCGCCACGCGACGUCCAAGCUCCGGACCUUCGAGGACCUCCAGUCCAUCCAAAGCUUCGGCUUCCGCGGCGAGGCCCUCGCGUCCAUCUCCCACGUGGCCAAGCUCUCGAUCCUCACGAAGACGCGCGACGGCGCGUGCGCCUACCGGUGCGCGUACCGCGACGGCGAGCCCGUCGACGGGCCGACGCCCUGCGCCGGCGCCGACGGCACGACCAUCACCGUGGAGGACCUGUUCUACAACAUGCCCACGCGGCGCCGGGCCAUGGCGGCGUCCGCCGCGGACCAGUACCACUUCGUGAGCCGCGUCUGCGGCGCCUACGCGGUCCACUACGCGGGCCGCGGCGUGUCCGUGAGCUGCCGCAAGGCCCACGGCGCCUGCGACGUCAACGUCGCCGGCGGCGACACGCUCGCGGCCAUCCGCGCGGUCCACGGCGCGGUCGCCGACGACGUCCGGGAAUUUUCCUGCGCGCGCAAGCCCGGCGACGACCCGGACGUGUGCACGCAGGACGACGGCGGCGAGCACGCCUGCGAGUUCGCGCGGUUCACGCUCUUCGUCAACGACCGCCUCGUCGAGUCCGCGGCCUUCAAGCGCAUGGUCGACGAGGCCUACGCGGCGUCGGCCGACGCCGCCGACGGCCUGGGGAGCCGGGGCAAGGCCAAGCCCUUCGCGUACCUCGCGAUCGACGUGCCGGGGCACCACGUCGACGUCAACGUGCACCCGACGAAAAAGGAGGUCGCGUUCCUCUACGAGGCGCCCAUCCUCGACACGAUCCGCUGCCACCUGGAGAAGCUCGUCGCCGAGACGGCCCACGAGAUGCGCAUCGCGGACCUGAGCGACCGGAAGCUCACGGCGUCGCCGAAGCGGCGGAAGACGUCCGGCGGGUCGCAGAGUUCGCCGUCGCGGGGCUCGCUCCAGCGGCCGGAGAAGAUGAUCCGCACGGACCCGCGGGACCAGCGCAUGGACGCCUUCUUCUCGCCGAGCCAGCGGAAGCGCGCGCCGCCGCCGGCCGCCGUCGUCGGCAACACGGAGCCGCUCUGGCCCCGGCCGUCCCAGGACGACGACGACGACGACUACGCGCCGCCGCCGCCGCCGCCGGACGCGGAGUCGUCGCCCGCGGACGACGACGACGACGACGGCGCGGCGCCGGCGACGGCGCGCCGCCGCCGUCGACGCAGGAGACCGCGCCGCCGUCGUCGGCCAACGACGACGACGACGACGCGCCGGCGGGCGACGACGACGACGACGACGGCGCGGCCGCGCCGCCGGCGGGCGACGACGACGACGACGACGCGGAGGCGGCGCCGAAGCGCUCGCCAAGGGCACCCAGAUGUGCGAGGAGCCAUGCGGCAGCACGUGCUCGUGGGCCACUACGACGCGCACUGGACCAUCAUCCAGCACGGCACGCACUUGGCGCUCGCGAACACGGGCGCGCUGUCCGUCGAGCUCUUCUACCAGCUCGCGAUCCGCCAGUUCGGCGAGGCGCCGACGAUCGAGUUCGACCCGCCGGGCGAUCUCGCCUUUCUCAUGGCCGCGCACCUCCGCAGCGAGGAGCCGGACCGGACGGAGGCGUCGGCCGCGGCCGACGCGGCCAAGGCCGCGGCGACGCUCGGGUCCAAGGCCGCCAUGCUCGAGGAGUACUUUAGCGUCAAGAUCGACGCGGAGAAGGGCCUGCUGCUGGGCAUGCCCGAGCUCCUGCGCGAGUACGUGCCGGAGCCGUCGGCGAUCCCGCGGUUCCUCUGGGUCCUCGCCAACGACACGGAGUGGCGCUACGAGAAGGCCUGCUUCGAGAACGUCGCGCGGGCCCUGGGCACCUGCUACGCGACGCUCCCGAGCGACGACGCCGACGAGAAGGUCCUCAACGAGCGCGCGGAGGCCGUCCUCAAGACGUCCAUCCUCCCCGCGCUCAAGACGCUCCUCCUCCCGCCCGAGGACCUCGCCGACGCCGACGCCGUCAUCAAGCUCACGAGCCUCGAGCGCAUGUACCGCGUCUUCGAGCGGUGUUAA